AUGAUUGUUGAACAAGUGGAUUCCUUCAGGACAUGGCUAACAGCUGUUCUAAAGCCAAUGUGUGAAGCUGAUCCAGCAGCAUUAGCAAAAUAUGUCCUAGCAUUGAUCAAGAAAGAUAAGUCUGAAGAAGAACUUCGAAAAAGUAUGAUUGGACAAUUAGAUGUGUUUCUUGAAGGAGAAACAGAAGGGUUUGUGGACCUAGUAUUUCAAACUUUAACCACAAAAGACUACAUAGAUGAACCAGUCAUACCUAAUACUAAUCCACCUAAUCCAAAUAUUGGAAAACCUGCCAAAGAUGCUGUCAAAGAGUCCAAGGUAAUUGUGCAACCCAGUGAAUUGCCAAAUUUGAAUGAAGCUGUGAAUGGAGGCAUGAAGAAAGAGUUAGAAGUGAAACGAGAUAAAGAUGCCAGAAGAAGUUCAGAUGCUGAAAGAGAAGAAAGACUUCUGAGAAGAAGAUCCCCUCUGCCGCGUCAUCGCUCCUUGUCGCGCAAUCGCACUCGCUCUCGCUCCCGAUCCUGGGACAGGGUGAAACGCUCCCGAUCGCGGGAAAAGUCCAAGGAGCGAUUGGACAGGGAGCGACUGGACAGGGAGCGAUUGGACAGGGAGCGAUUGGACAGGGAGCGAUUGGACAGGGAGCGACUGGACAGGGAGCGACUGGACAGGGAGCGAUUGGACAGGGAGCAGCACAGAGUGGAACGGGACAAGAGGGAGAGGCUGGAGAGGCCAGACAGGCCUAAGGUGUGGAGGAACAAGUCUCCUCCUAGGAGGUAUGAGAGGAGGAGACCGUCGCGUUCGCCGUCUCCAUUGAGGGUCAGGUCUCGGUCGCGGAGUCCUCGGCAUUCGCAUAGGGGCAGAUUCAGGAUUAGGUCUUCAGCUAGUCGCAGCAGGUCCAGAUCUCUGGAGAAAAGAGACCGCCGAGAUUCGGCGAAAGAAAAAGAUAAAGACGGCAAUAAUUCUAGACCCAACACACCUAGUCAGGAUUUCAGUCACGGUAGCGAAGUGGAUGCGAGACUGUCGAUCGGUCAGAAUGUACAAAAUUUGCCGCCAGGUGGCAAGAAACGGUGCAGAGAUUUCGAUGAAAAAGGCUAUUGUAUGCGCGGCGAGAUGUGCCCCUUCGACCACGGCAUCGAUCCCGUCGUGCUCGAAGACUCUGCCUUAACGCGCGUCCUCACUUACCACCCGAACGGCGCGCCCGGGGCGGGCGGCGGGGCGGGGCCGCCGCCGCAGCCCGAUCAUCCGUACAACCCACAGGCGCCGCAGAUAUGGCGCGACGGGCGGUUCAGGGGUGCCAGGCCUAUGGGAAUUGCCAGGGUGCCCCCGAUGGGUCCGUUCCCGCCCCCGCCGCCCCACAACCGCGAGCUCAUCCCCGUGCCGGUGAUGGACAGCCACAAGCCGCCGCCCGAUAUGUACACGCCCAUGUACCAGCAGCACCGCCCCGGCUACAUGGACCACGACGGCGGCUACAGGAAGAAGCAGUUCGACUUCAAUCGGCUGGGGCCGCGCGCGAAGAACCCGCAGAACUGCUCGUUGGAGUUGAAAAAGGUGCCCACCGGCCUGAACAGCAUCACCCACCUGAACAACCACUUUUCGCGCUUCGGCAAGAUCGUCAACAUCCAGGUGCAGUUCGAGGGGGACCCGGAAGCUGCGAUGGUCACGUUCUCCAGUCACGCCGAAGCGAACGCUGCUUAUCGGAGCACCGAAGCGGUGCUCAACAACAGGUUCAUCAAGGUGUUCUGGCACAACGCCCUGGAAGGUAAACAGGAGAACGUGCCGCCCCAGUGCCGCCCACUCAAGGACCGCCUGGGCGGCGGGCAACCUAGCGUCGUGGCGCCCAACACUAACAAAGUUCUGAAUCUAGUCCAGCCGAGGGCGGACUCUGCCGACCCUGCUGCGCCAGGAGGCGGAGCAGAAAGUGGGCAGCAGGAGGAGGAGAAGCCUGCCAGCCGCGAAGAGAGCAAAGCGCAGGCCACCGAGGCCAUCAAGAAGAACCAGGAGCUGCUGGCCACGCAGGCGAAGGUCAAGCGCAGCCAGGACGUGCAGCGCAAGGAGGUGCUGAAGAUGCAGAAGGAUCUGAGGCGGAAGAAGCAGGAGCUGUUGGACAAGCAGCUGACGCAGCAGCGGGUGCUGAUCGAAAAGAUGGAGAAACUGCCGGCCGGUCCCCAGCGCGACCUCAUCAAAGAAACCAUCAAGAAAACCCAAGAGGCCAUCGAGGCCAUCAAGAAGGACCUGGAGGCGGCCGCGCUGGCCUCCAAGGCCUCCCCCCUCCCCAAAAAGUCCAAGGAGGAGGCGCAGCGGGAGCUGCUCGACACCGAGUUGGAUCUGAUUGCGAAGCAGCAAGAGGGGGCUGACACCUCCGAGAUCCAGAAGAGGUUGUUGGAGUUGAGGGCGAGGGUGGCGAAUGUGAGAGGCGGCAGCAGAGGGGCCAGAGGGGGCAGGAGGUACACGCCUGUGGUCAGUCGGCACCUGUUGAGCAAGAACAACCUCAAGCCGAAAUCCAUUGUCAAUGCCCACCAGUUGACAAGAACUCCGUCCGCUACUUCGCUAAAUACAGCUUUCCAAAAACACACCGUAGACCAUCGUCCCACGAGACUUUUGGUUUCCGGUUACGAGACUGACGAGCAAGACAGCGUCAUCGGCCAUUUCCAACAAUUCGGAGAAAUCGCAGACUACGAAGUAGAUUCGACUAUCCCCAGUAUCACCUUUAACUACAAGUCGAGGAAAGAGGCUGAGAUGGCGUUGUUAAAAGGAAAGAACUUCCAGGAUAGAACUUUAUCCAUUACAUGGAGUAUCAACAAGCAGCUGAGUAGACAAAGGAGUAGCGGAUCAACAACCAGAACGGUUGUUUUAUCGGAGACUGAGGAGGAUCAGUUGAUUGAUUCAAGUUUGCUGGAAGGUGGCGAUGAUGAGUUGGGUCCAGAAAUAUCUGAGGAGGCCUUGCUUCAGGACGAUGAAGAAGAAGAUGAAGAGGAUCGCUCAUGGAGGCGAUAG